ACCAGGCAGCCGGUGGAGCUCACGGUUAGCCAGACCGCUAGCGUUCCAUGGAGCUGGACCCCCCCCCCGGCCCAUGCAGGAGCUGUUCAUCACUACGGGGGCAGAGUUGUUGGCGCUGUCUCGCGGACGUGUGACCCGUGUUUGUGCGCCGUCGCCGGCCCAAGGUGACUCCCCGGCCGCUCUGAGUCGGGCCCCAAACUCCAACCCAGCAGACUGACGGGGGGAGGGACAUGGGCCCAGAAUCCCCCACCGAAUCUGGCAGCACCCGCAUCCCACGGAAACAUGGACGGUUACUACAGCCUUCUGAAGGCAGGGUCCCAGCUGGAGAACACCCUGCAGCAGGUGACCGUCCCCAUGAGUGUGAACGAAGUGGGUGGAUACAUCGAGAAGCAGGUGGCAUAUCUUUCAGGGGGACGUGGGGAAGACUCCAGCGUGAUCAUCACCCUCCCAGAAUGCUCUGCGUUCAGCGACAUUCCCGAGGAGGCUCUGGCCAAAGUGCUGACUUAUCUCACGCUGAUCCCUCGAAGGCGGCAGCCUGGGGUGAAGUUCAUCAUCAUCCUGGACCGUAGGCUGGACACCUGGAGCGCCAUUAAAACGGCCCUGGCGCGGAUCGCGGCCUCCUUCCCAGGGAAUCUUCACCUUGUCCUGGUGCUUCGACCAACCAGCUUCUUCCAGCGAACUGUCACGGACAUUGGUUUUCGCUUCAGUCAGGAGGACUUCAUGUUGAAAAUGCCGGUUGUGAUGCUGAGUUCCGUUACAGACCUGCUGCAUUACAUUGACGAGACACAACUGACGCAAGAAUUUGGUGGCUCGCUGGAGUAUAGCCACAGGGACUGGCUCGUCCUGCGAAAGGCCAUAGAAAAUUUUGCGGUCACUGUGAAGGAGAUAGCUCAGAUGCUGCAGGCUUUUGGCUCGGAGCUGGCCGAGACGGAGCUGCCAGAUGAGGGCAAGUCCACUGAGCUCCUGCUCAUGUGCCACAUGGACAAAUACAGGAAGCUGAAGGGUGAGAUACGUUCAGUGAUAAGGGAGGCGCAUCAUCUGCUGUCCAACCUGGAGGCCUCAGGGUUGCAGGAGGAUCUCCGUAAUCGGUGGGGCUUGAGCCAGGACUGGGACACUGUGCAGAGGCUCCUGGCCCAGCUGCGUGACAUGGAGAUGGUGUUCGACGGCUUCUUUGACAAACACCACCUAAAGCUGCACCAGUACCUGCAGCUGCUGAGAUACGAGCAGAGCUUCCAGGAGAAUAGGUAUUCCCUGGACAAGCUGUCUGCGCAGGAGCAGGCUCUGUCCGGCACGGCAGACACACUGCCCAAGACGGAGGAGCUCAUCAGAGCUCUGGAUACCUUGGAAUCUCAAGCACAGGAGGAGAUGAGUCGGAUCCAGGUCACUAUCUUGCAUGGGCACCAGCUGGUGGCCAGUCAUCACUAUGCUCUAGAGCUCAUUGUCCAGCACUGCAAAGAGCUUCGGCACCGCUGUGACAGGCUGAGCGCCGCCCUACUGACCAAGCGGGCAAAGCUCAGCCACACCCGCGACUUACUGCUGCAGCUGGAAGAGGUGUUACAUUGGUGUGAUGAAGGUGCUUACCUUCUGGCUGGUCAGCUUGUAGAGGACUUCCAAGUCAGGGAAAGUGCCCUAGCUGCCCUGAAGCAGCUCGAGAAGUUCCUGGAAGGUGCUCCAGCUCCUCUCAGCCUCCACGAUCUGCCUGCUGAAUGUCAGUCUUUCCUGACACCCCCACUGCAGGCCCUGGUUGAGAAGGCCCACAAGAAGCUGAUAUCAGUCCAAGGGCUGAUUGGGACCCGGCAGGCCAGCCUGAAGAAGCUGGCCAACAGGCAGACCCGGCCCGUCCAAUUGGUGACACCUCGGCCUGAAAACCCGGGCCGGGCCAAAAGUGCUCUUUUCUCUCCAAAGCAUGGAGUCGACAUAAAGUUCACCUUCGACCUGUCUCUGCCGGGCAAGCGGACAACGAGAAAAAGCCCCACCUCCAGGAAGAUAGAGGUGAUCCAUGACUACCAGGAGAAUCCCAGCUCCGGAUGCAGCAGUCCAGAGGGGGAAGAUGCAUCUGACCUCCUCAGACGUCAGGUGAUGAAGGAGCUGGUGGAGACAGAGAGGAUCUACGUGGAUGAGCUGCUGUCUGUACUGCUGGGCUACAAAGCGGAGAUGGAUAACCCUGCUCUAGCUGACCUCCUGCCCCCUGCCCUACGCAGUAAGAGGGACGUCCUUUUCGGCAACAUGCCUGAGAUCUACAGUUUUCACAGCAGGCUCUUUCUCCAUGACCUCGAGAGGUAUUUGGACUCCCCAGAGGGUGUGGGGGCAUGCUUCCUGGAAAGGAAGCAGCACUUUCAGCUCUAUGAGCGCUACUGUCAGAACAAGCCCUGUUCCGAGUCCCUAUGGAGGCAGUACUCUGACUGCGCCUUCUUCCAGGAAUGUCAGAGGAAGCUGGAGCACAAGCUGGCCCUGGAUUCCUACCUACUGAAGCCAGUGCAGCGACUCACCAAGUACCAGCUGCUACUGAAGGAGCUGCUGAAAUGCAGUAUGGGCUGCGAGUGUGCCCCUGAACUGCAGGGGGCGCUAGCGGCCAUGCUGGAGCUCCUCAAAUCAGUGAACGAUUCCAUGCACCAGGCAGCCAUCACAGGCUAUGAGGGGGAGCUGGGCCAGCUGGGGCGGCUGCUGAUGCAGGGCCCCUUCUGUGUGUGGCCCGGCCGGCGGCGCGGCCCGACCCCCAUGAAAGACCUGACUCGCUUCAAGCCCAUGCAGCGCCACCUCUUCCUCCACGAGCAGGCUCUGCUCUUCUGCAAGCGGCGUGAAGACCACGGUGAGAGCAGCCAAAGGACCCCCUCUUACAGCUUCAAACACUGCCUCAAGAUGAGUGCAGUCGGCAUCACGGAGAACAUCAAGGGAGAUGUGAAGAAAUUUGAGAUCUGGUAUAGCGGCCGGGAGGAGGUUUACGUGCUGCAGGCCCCAACAGUGGAGAUAAAGAUGGCCUGGCUCACAGAGAUCCGCAAAGUCCUCACCAACCAGCAGAAGCUCCUCACAGGCAGUCCCGUUUCAGAUCGGGGCCAGCUCUCCCCACCCCUGUCCAGCAGCCCCCUGCAGAGGACGUCACCGAGCUCCGAGGAGGCGGAGUCUCGCCAAGCCAGCCCGGUGCCGGUGGAGCUGGCCCAGUCCCCACCUCGGCGGCACAGGCAUCGUCGCAGUUGGCCUGGUGCUUCGAACAGCGCAGACGCCUGCGAAGACCUGGAUGAAUGGAGCGCAGCCAACAACCUCUCGGUGCUGUCAGACACAGAGGAGGAGGACCAGGGCUUGCUGCUCCCAGGCAGGUACAGGGCCCAGAUGGACUCUCAGAGGAGUGAAAACCAGAGCCUGCUGGUGAAAAACGGUGACAUCAUCCAGCUGCUGCAGGAAGACAGUGAGGGUUGGUGGCUUGUGAAGAAUUUAAGUCGCAAACUGGCAGGCCACCUUCCAGUGAGUCACCUUCAUGUCAUUCUGGGCCUGACCAGCAGGGGGCAGUGCAGCAGGCUGACUGACCCAGGAAACGUCAAGAUCAGAAAGCUGAGCUCCCCCUGAAGGCCCAGCCACACCCCCCGUCACCCGUCUGCUCCACCCACGCUGCCCCGACACGUGCUGCCUAUGAACCCCUGCCAAUACCCUGAUACUUGAUCAUUGGUUGGAAGACCGUGUGGGCGGGACUGUAUUGCUGGGAUAGCAUUGGCUGACGGGAUCAGGAAGAACAUCCCGAUGGUCUGAACAGGCGUUUUUGCAAGUAAAAGUGGAAUCUGCUCACAGCAGUGGACCUGAACUGAGGAUGGAGUAUUACUAUCUAUCAUGACAGCUCCUGUUGACGUCUGUAUAUGUGUGGCACCCACACCAGGCCACGCCCUUAAGCAGAAGCUCCCUGCUAUGGAUGUGGGGACCUGCUGUAGUACCACAUGCUCUGGACUAUUUAAACUGCGAUUCUUAUUCUCAAACAGCUUCUAACCACCAUCUAGCUAAAAUUAGGAUUUUGAGGGCUUUUUUCGUAUCCCGGAUCCUCCGCCCGUCCUAUAACAAGCAACGUGAGCAGGUCACUCAGAAGAGACAUGAACGCCAAUUUAAUAGAUUUACAAUUAAUUAAAAAUAUUCCAUCUAUUUUUUUAUGUGGAAGAAUGUCAUCAUAUAUACUGACAUGAACAGAGGUUUUAUAAUGAGAAAGAAUUUCUGUCUGUCUAUCUGUCGCUCUGCCUCUCACACAUAUUUGUUUACAUUUUUUUACAUUUAUGUUUAUCGCUGUCUGUCACUCUGCUUACAUGUCUGUCAGUAUCUGUCAUUGUCAAUGUCUGUCUGACUGUCAAGGUUGGUCUCAGUCUCUGUCAAUGUCUGUCUCUCUCUGUCUGUCAGUGUCUAUCUGUGUGUCUGCCCGUCUGUCUCUACCUGUCUUAGUCAGCACCUGUAUCACUGUCUCUCUGCAUACUGUGUCUAUCUGCUCAUUUUCUGUCUGUCUCAUCUGCCUGCUGUCUUAAAAAUAUGAGGAUACUGAGGCGUCCAGCAUGCUCUGCAGACCAUAAUAUUCCACCACGGUCUCCAGGGCCUCAUUUUUAUGAGUUGUUUUGCUCUCUGCCGUUAGACAUGCCUAGGUGUUGCCACUUGGCGCCCCCAUGUGCCAGCUUCUUGCACACUGUCAGACCGGUAAUCCUGCAUGCUUUGUGGCCUGUUCUGGGGUGGGGGGUGGGGGGGUGAAAUUUCAGUUCUAUUUAUUUUCCCAUGUGACACUGGCCCUGUGCUGUCACGCUUCACCUUGCUUAGGGAACCUAGACUCACCACAGUCACCAUUUACUACACAAUGGCCUUUCCUCUACAAAAUACUCACAAAUGCUUUGCACUGAUUUUAACAUGUGAAGCGAUGGCUUCUUUGGAUGUAAGUUUUGUAGGAAACGCCUGAGCCAUAUGCAGCUCUGUCAGCCGUCAGUAUCCCAGCGCGCGAGACCACAUGGGAAGCCUGUGAGGAGCAUGCAGAUGGCAGCUUCAGUCAGACUUCUAUUUUAAACAGUCAGAUUUUAUUUAUUAAAAUUCAUUUCUACAAGCAAGUUUGUCCAAAAGAUCUUUAUGGCAGUUUAAUUUGCGGAGGAGAAAAAUGGGAACGUAAAAUGUACAAAAUAACGUGUGGCUGAAGGAGACGAUGAGAUCCAGGCUCCCAACCGCACGUCUCCGUCUGUCUGUCUGUCUGUCCGUCCAUCCGUCUGUCUGUCUGUGUGUGAGUCAUUUGACAGUAGUAGGUGUCUUUCACAGACCCUCAUUCCAGUAUGUUCCACGCAGUCACUGGGGCCUUUUGCUAACAGGCAGAAGCAGGCCUGAAACUGAUAGCCUCAUGUUUUCACUCCCACAGUUGAUGAGGCUGCGUGGUCACAUCCAUCAGUCACUGUCUUAUUUCAGUCAUGUUAAAUCAUUACCCCUGUUACAAAUCGAAUGUAAUUUAAAACAAGAAUAAAAGUAUAAAAUAC